CUAAAAGUGAGUAAAGUUGCGAUAGUCUGAUAAUUGGGGUAGAAAGUUCCAGAGGAUAUGGGGGGGAAGCUCUGGAGAAGUCCUGGCGAGACGAGCAUGGGAGGAGGAGACAAAGGGAGCAAGAGAGUAGAGGUCGUGAGAGGAACAGAGAGGACUGUUUGGGUGAUAUUUGGAGGACAAGGAAUUGGUGAUGUAAUUUGGGGGCGGAGUUAUAAAUGGCUUUAUAUGUUUUAUUGUUUUUAAAUGUUUGAACUUUAUUCGUUUGGCAAUGGGAAGCCCAGUGGAGGGAUUUGGCAGAGAAGUAUGGAGGACACUGAAUGGGAGGCCAGUGGAGGGAUUGGUAGAGAGAGGGUGGAGGACACUGAAUGGAGGCCAGUGGAGGGAUUGGCAGAGAGGGGUGGAGGACACUGAAUGGAGGCCAGUGGAGGGAUUGGCAGAGAGGGGUGGAGGACACUGAGCUGGAGGCC